GUAAAUAACGGGUUUGGGGGCGGAGCUGGUGGAGCUAACGGGAAGGGCGGGGGUUAGCUCCCCCCCGCACUUGGAUAAUCCGGUCUGGGACCACAGAGCGACCUCGCGCUGACGUGAAGCAGCCGCCCCUUCCAUCCCGCGUCGCCGCGCGCCCGCAGCCUCCACCGGAGACAACGACGUUCCCGCAUCGGCCCCGCAGCUCCGUCAUCUCGGCCUGUCGCUGUUGUCACGAUGCCGCCCGCUGCACACCGCCCCGCCCCGUCUGGGAUUCCUGCUGAGCCAGGUGCCGCCUGAACCCCCGGCUUCCCUCUGCGGCGCUCCGGUCUGCGUGGGACCAUGGACGGGACCCCCCAGCUGUCUGGGGAAACCCUGGUGGUGCAUCACAUCCCCCUGGUGCACUGCCAGGUGUCGGGGGGGCGGCGGGGCGGCUGCGGGGGCUCUCUGAGGAGCGGCAGCCCCUUCAGCCCCCCGGAGAACCUGGGCCUGAGCCGCACCACCUCCCUGCCCGAGCGAGACGUCCUCCAGAGGGAGGCUCUGCUGUACAGCAGCCUGAUCCAGACGUCCAGCACCUCCUGGUCCUCCCACAGCGGAGGAGGAGCAGAAACCAAGAGGGGGGGCAGCACGGGCAGCGAUCAUUCGUCUUUCACCUCCAGCACUUCAGAGGAGCAGCUUGUGCACACGCUCCCUAGAGCCAAACCCAGGAGCAGGAACCCGCUGCGCCACAACCCCUUCCUGCUGCACGCCGAGGACGAGGAGGAGGAGGAAGAGGAGGAGGAGGAGGAGGGGGGCAACAGCCUCAGCGGGUACCUGGAGGACUCCUCCUUCCUCCUCCACAGUGACACCACCUGUGACGAUGGGACGGCCUCCUUCCAUUUGCACCACCUGGACUUUGCUUCAGAGCCUUUCGUUUUGCACGGGUCAGAGGGCGAGCGAAGGCGGGACUCCUUUAGAGGCGUGGCCUCUGACCGGGACAGCCGGCGCUGUCUGGGCAGCAGCGGCUCCAACAUGUCCAUGGACUGCGGCGAUCAGGACUGGGGGGACGACGACGACGAAGACCAGUCCAUGCGAUGCGGCCGCAGCAGCAAGGCGGGCUCGCUGUCGUCGGGUUCGUCCACGCAGCUCUGCUCCUGCUGCAACCACGCCCACCCCCACUGUCACCACGACUUCCAGCCGGCCUACGGCAGCGACUCGUCCUGCAACAGCUCCGACGGCGUCCUGGUCAACUUCAGCGCCAUCUUCAACAAGAUAAACAACGGCGUCCCUGAGAAAGUCUCCGCCUCCACCAACCUGAACACGGAGCGUGCCGGCACGACCGGUUCUGACCCCAACUUGACCGGAGGAGCGUUCUACCUGGACCUUCACGCCUCGCCGACCGAGCCUCUCCCCCCCUGCCUGUCCAACAAUCCUCCCGUGCUGCAGGAGCCCCGCCUCCCCGCCUCCUCCACGUGCUCCUGCUCUGCCGAGUACCAGGGCGCUCUGGACCUGGACGCCAACUGCAACUCCUUCCACCCGCCCUGCGCCGCUUCCUCCGGCGAGCUCGGCGCCUGUCUGCAGAGCCAGGCGCGCCUGGUGGUCGCCACCCAGAACUACUACAAGCUGGUCACCUGCGACGUUUCCUCGCAGUCGUCUCCGAGCCCGGGCGGCUCCUCCGUCAACAGCUGCUCCGAUGAGCACAGCAAGGGAAGCCCCACCCCCACGCAGCCCAGCGAGUACUUCCUGUUCAAGCAGAACGCGGAGGAGGCGGAGCCAGAAGACCACCAUGGGAACUCCUCUCCAUCAGACCAGGAGGAGGAGGAGGAGGAGGAGGAGGAUCGCUUGGCAGUGGGCGGGGCUAAAGCUGCUCUUCCUGUGAUUGAAGGCAAGGUGUACGUCAACGUGUCCCCUCCCACAGCUGCACAGGGUGUCAUCGGAGGCCCCGCCUCCUCUUCCAGCCGUCCUCGCUCUCGGAGCUACGACCGGAACCUUGACAAGUCUCCUUCCCCGCGACUGGGAUCCCUGGAGCGCAUGCUGAGCUGCCCCGUGCGCCUGAGCGAGGGCGCCGCCCAGGUCCCGCCCACCCCUCCUCGUGUCACCUCCUUUGCAGAGAUUGCCAGAAGCAAACGGAGGAACGGCGGAUCCCCGUCACAGAAACCUGCAGACACCUUCUCCUCCAUGUGCUCCAACAACUCCCACUCCUCCUUGGAUUUCUCUCCAAUCCUGGAGGGCGGGCUGGAGGAGGCCACGCCCCUCUCCCCACCUGUACCUUUUACCAGAUGUCACAGCCAGGGAAGCGUGGAGCUGCACCUGGAAGGAGCCAAAGAGGGUCCGGCCAAAGGAAGAGGAGGUCUCUCCUCGUCCUCAGAGGUGGUCCGUUACAGUAAGGAGCAGCGACCCACCACCCUCCCCAUCCAACCCUUCACCUUCUACCAACAGUUCAUGCUCAAGCCGCCUCAGCCCAAGCCUCCGCUGCUCACAGGAUACGUCUCGGGGAUGCAGGCCCGGUCCGGUUCUGGUUCUGGAGCCGACGAAGGCCCUGAAGACGCAGCAGAGAAUCCUAAAAGUCCCGUCAGCACACCAGCUGCUCCCGUCCGGCUCUCCCCGCUCGGAAGCUACUCCCCCGUUCGCCUCCAGGGGGCGCCCAGCUCUGGGACCUGCUCCACCUGUACCCCCAGCCCCCGUCCUGCACACAGCCCCUCCUGCCCACUCUCUGGGGGGUUGCUCCCUCUUCACUCCAACUCCUCACUCAAAGAAGGAGGAGCAUCAGCUCCAAAACCGGGCUCGCCCCCCCCACAUGUAGGCAUAAAGAGAGGCUUGGUGCCCCCCAUGCUGCCAGCUGUUCAGGGGCGCUGUCUUCAUUCUGCAGCCCUCCCCAGUGACUGUCUGAGUCCCCAGAACUACCAGGACUCUGGACAGGAGGGGGGAAAGGGACCGACCAGGACCCAAAAUGUGCACCACCUCUCUCCCCAGGCUCUGAAGUGGAGGGAGUACCGUCUUCGACACCCUCUGAGAGGAGAUGGAGGGGGCUGCUCCUCUGCCAGUGCCCUCUCUGGUAACAGGGACUUCAGAGGGGGCGGGGGGCAUCGGCCAGCCCGCCUGAAUGUGUUUGAUUUUCCUGCUGCUCAUGGGGGCCUCAGGCUGGGACACCCCCAUGGAGCUCAUCCUUUUAUCUUCAGUGGAGUGGGUCAGUCGGACUUCCUGCCCGAGUACUUCUCCCUGACGGAGAAGCCCCCAGAGGAGUUCUGCCUGUCGCCUGACGCCUCCUCCUCCUCACAGUCCCACCUCGCCGUGGAUCUGACGCAGAAGAGAGCUUUGGUGAAAGCCGUGAACACCGCCGUGGACCUGAUCGUGGCGCACUUCGGUACCAGCAGAAACCCGGAUGUGAAGGCCAAGCUGGGAAACAGCUGGGUGAGUCCAAACGUGGGUCACCUGAUCCUGAAGUACCUGUGUCCGGCCCUGCGAGACGUCCUGCAGGACGGCCUGAAGGCCCACGUUCUAGACCUGAUCAUCGGUCAGCGGCGCUGUCAGCCCUGGAGCGUGGUGGAGGCUUCCACCCAGCCAGGUCCGUCCACACGUCUCCUCCACAGCUUGUUCUCCAGAGUGAGCCAGUUUCCUGAGCUGUCGAACCACACCAUGAGGCUGAACGCCUUCGUCUUCGGCCUCCUGAACCUGAAAUGUUUGGAGUUCUGGUUCAACCAUCUUCGCUCUCAUGAAGACAUCAUCGUGGUCCAUUACAGCCCCUCGGGGCUCCUCCCCCUGUCCACCGGGGCCGGCCGGGACCUGUUUGAGGAGCUGCUGCUCCUCCUGCAGCCGCUGGCGCUCCUCCCCUUCGACCUGGACCUGCUGUUCGAGCCACGCCUCCUGCAGAAGGGGGAGGAGCACCUCCGCCACAAGGAGCAGCUCUGCUCCGCGGGCCAAAGCUCGCUGCCUUGCACAAGCUCCACCCUCCAGCUGAUGAGGGGGCGGGGCACCAGUGAAGGCUCGGAGGAGGGCCGUGCCGCGCCCAGGCGGGUAAUGGGCGGGGCUGAGAGUACAAAAGAGGGAGGAGUGAAAGCAGGGCUGAGGCAGGAGGGGGGCGCGGCUGGACGCUGCGCCUGGACGGGGAGGGGGUCCGAAGGACUGAAUGAUGCAGAGGGGGGGCAUAGGGAUAAAACCCCGGCGGGGGAGGGGCGGCAGGACCGGCAGGCGGGGUGGUGGUUCCAGCUGAUGCAGUCGUCCCAGGUCUACAUCGACCCGUCCGGCGAGGGCUGCCGCUUCGUGAAGGCCGACAGGAGGAAGCGGUCUGUGGAGAGGCGGGACCACCCGCCCCCCCGGGCGGGGGUGGUGGAGGGGGCUGAGUCCAGCCAAGAGGGGGAGGGAAGGAAGGGAUGUAGUGGAGAUGCAGCUGGACCGCAGGGGCGGUCCUCGUGGAUGGGCAGCCCCCCAGAAUCUGUCCUCAACCAGGAGGAUCCGAAUCCUGACAGACCUGCAGCCCCCCUGGACCGCCCCGUGCAGAGUCUGCGCUGGGGGAGGCUCUUCGGGGGGAGAGGGGAGCGAAUGAAGCAGAAGACAAAGUCCAGGCCCCCGUCCGGCUGGCUCGGCCUGGACCGCUCUGUUCUGGACCUCGUGGCUCUGACCAUCGGGCCCGGCGGUGGGAGGAAGGCAGAACCCCCCGUCAGCCCCCCCCAGACCACGGCCCCCCCAGCAGAACCUUUCCGGGGGGUCCGCGCUCUGUGCCACCACAUCGCCACAGAACCGGGCCAGCUGAGCUUCAACAAAGGGGACGUCAUGCAGGUUCUGAGCAGAGCCGACCCGGACUGGCUGCUGUGCUCCUUGGGCUCCUCGCGGGGCCUGGUUCCCAUCGUCUACGUCACCCUGCACAGCAUGGAGGACAGCCAGGACGCCGGCGCCACGCCGCAGUGAUCUGAGCCCGGCCCGCUCCGACCCGGGCCGGCCCAGAACGCACGCUAGCAAACAUCCAGAUGAGUGUGCAUGCCAACGUCCACAACAGCUGACCUCUGACCUUCCACACGUUUCCUCUGGAGACGCUAGAGAAAGAAAAUCUGUUUAUCGUUUUCUUGCCAAACCUUUAACUGCUGGGGGGGUGGGGGUCGGGUUAGGGUUAGGGUUAGGGUUAGGGAAAUCUGAAACGCGUAGAAAAAGUGAAGCUCGUUAACGAUCGUCCAAUCACAGAACAGACUAUGAGCAGCGAAAGUCCUGAGGAAAGGUCGGGAAGGUCAGGGAGACUCUACUGCUGAUCCGGGUCGCCGAGUCGUGACCCGAGUCGAAGAGGCCCGACUCAUGACUCUGGAAAAAUGACUGGGUCUGCAGUCUGGUCAGCACAAAUCAAGCGGCGGUCGUCACGAAGGCGCCACCUCAGAGCAACAUUCGUUUUCUGAAAGCUGAACCCCCAGAACAGACAUUUGACGCGGUCACCAUGGAAACGGAGCGACUGUAAACCUCUUUGGUUAGCUCACAUUGUCUGUGGUUCCACUCGUCGGCUGAAGGGGGCGCCCGCCGACAGACUCGUUU